AUGCCUUGGCCAAGGGUUGCAGCCACUCGCAAGCGCCGCCCCUCAAUGUCUGCUGUCGAUGGGGUGGGUUCUGUCUUCUUCUGCAUCUGCUACGGCUGUUGCUGCUCAUCAUUUCGGUGUGACACGUUGUGGAGUUCGGUCAUGGCCUGGCUACCGAGCAGCUCGAACGGCGCAGACAAUGCGGACGAGCGCAGCACAACCAGCCACUCCAGCUCUUCGUCCUCAGCAAACGGCAGGCGAGAGGAGAGCAACGGCAAUGUUAAUGGGACGUCACGUCAGCCGCCGGCGCUGUUACGUCAUGCCACGCCCUAUGUGCAGCCCAAGACGGAGUCGAUCUCGGACGGAGACGGUGACCUAUCGGACUUCUCGCUGAACGACACCGAGGAGGACGACGACGAUCUGCGCGACUAUAUUGUGCUCAACGGCAGCCAAGCGGACGCAAAUCGGUCCCUGUCCAACUCUCCACGCAGCGGAAACAAUGUCUUCGUCAACGGGCAUCUGGCUCCGCCUUCGAAUGGCGUCAACAGCAACAGCAACUCAAGCGGCACAGCCGUCGCUGGGCUGGGACUUGGCAAUGGUCAGGUGUCCGGCGGUGUCGGUGCGGGCGGCGUGCGAAAGGUGUUCACCAAUACGCGCGAGCGCUGGCGCCAACAGAACGUGUCAGGCGCCUUUGCGGAGCUGCGCAAGCUGGUGCCCACCCAUCCGCCGGACAAGAAGCUGUCGAAGAACGAGAUCCUGCGCUCGGCCAUCAAGUACAUCAAGUUAUUGACGGGCAUUCUCGAGUGGCAGCAGCUGCAGGCGCCGCACCUGGACGAGCCCAACAACAACGACAAUGCCAUGGCCAAUGGCCAUGCGCCCGAUGCACUGCGUCACAUCAAAUGUGAACGCUUCGACAAGGAGGCGCCGCAACGGGCCACCACGAACGAUCUCCUCAUGAUUGCCCCUGGCGCCCAUAUCAAAACGGAGCACAGCCAGCUGACCAGCUACGAUGAGACGGCCAGGACUGGCAGCGCAAUCGUCACUACAUCUGCAACGCUGACCGCGACGGCAGCUGCUGCUGUGGCGCCGUCCCCGCCCGUUGUUCUGCCAGCGAGUGCAGGAUCGUGUGCCUCUGGGGCGGCCACCCUCAAGCCCGCCACUGCCAACCGAGCGAGCAGCAAGCGACGCCUUAAGCCAGUAGCAGAGGCUCCAAAUUCCGAGCUAGGACACCACUCCAGCUCCAACCCGAACCCCAGUUCGCACCACACCCACAUCCACAGCCAGUCCAAACGCCGCAAGCCCUAACAUGUGACAUGUGACAUGGCAUGGGACCAUCACGAAAUGGAAUUGGGAUGCAUUAUAAAGUUAUAUCUUGUGUAAAGUAGUUAAAUAUAAAUUUAGAUCCCAAAUUAACGGCUAACGUA